AAUGCCAUUUUAGCCCCAACUUCUUGCAGCUGAUAGCUGAACCCGGUGCACUGUUAGACCAAUUAUACUGGCUCCAAAAUGUUGGCACAGGUCUUUCAGCUUACACUUGUUUAACCUGAUGAAAUGACUCUUGGUGGAAGCAUGUGCAGAAGCAAAGCCUUAGAAGCCGAAAGUGGACCUUGAAAUAAAGACAGGAAUUUUGAAUCCAGAGGAGAUCAGUGCUGUGCCAGCAACACGACGAUGAGCCAAUAUACAGGAGGAGGAUGAAGGAUGUUCUGUUUUGGUGCAUCAGAACACAAGUCUCAUUCUUCAUGCAAGCACUGACUGGUGCUGUUCUCUUAGGAGCUUUCUUUUUACUAAAAAUUGUUAAGCAUUGAAAGGACACAAAUUACAGCACCCAAAAGUCAGGAAGCGCCAUUUAUUCCUUGCAGCCCCCGCUGCUGAACACAUAAAACAAAUGUCUUCCUGCCAGGCCACAGGAAAAGAGCAGAAUCACAGAAUUCUUAGGGCUGGGAGGCAUCUCUAGAGAUGGUCUAGUCAGGGCAGGUGACAAAGGAACAUGUCCAGAUGAGUUUGGAAUAUCCCCAGAGAAGGAAACUCCAUUCCCUCCCAGGCAGCUGUUCUAGUGCUCUGCCAUUCUCUACAGAAUAAAGGUCUUCCUCACGUUGAGAUUAAACUUUUUGUGGUUUAGCUCAUGGCUAUUGCUCCUUGUCCAGUUGCUGGCCACAACUGAAAAGAGUCUGGCACCAUCCUCAUGCUACCCAUUAAAGAUUAUUUAUAUGGAUUGUAAGAUUCCCUCUCAGUCUUCCGCAGCCAGAACAGUCUCUCCUUGUAACAUUCCAGACUCCUCAUCAUCUUUGUUUCCUUUCACAGGACCCUCUCCAGUAGUAGCUCCUUGUCCUCCUCGUACUGAGGAGCCCAGAACUGGGUCUAGCACUCCUGACAACGAGGUUCCCCUCAUCCACGGGUGACCAGCUUUGCAACACCAAAGCGCACACGGCGACAUUUCAGCCAUCUCCUCACGGGGAGCGUUCUUCCCGAUAUCCUCACCGAGGCUGGACCAUUCCGUGUGGGGGACAGGGGCCCAGCGCGGUUCCUGCGGGUGCAGGGCGGCGUCCCGCGCUGUGCCCAGGUGCCCUUGAUGAGGCGGCCGGGGCCGGGCAGGACGGGCCGCCGGGCGGGGCAUUAACCGGGCCGGGGCCGAGGGGCUCGCCAAGGAGCCGGCAUGGACGGGGCGGACGAGGAGCGGCAGCUGGAGCGGGCGGCCGGAGGGCUUGGAAUGGGCUGUGAGUGCCAGGAUGAGAUGGAGAACAUGCUGCUGAAUACAGAGCACCUUGUGGUGGAUGCUGAUGCUGUUGGUGACCACGGUGCAGGGAGCAGUGUGCUGCCUGCAUUCCCAGGCACAGUCAGACAAGAAAUAGUUGAGGAUAACUUGGGACUAGAAGAUAGGAAUAGCUCUGUAAAGAAGGUGAAAGAAGAUGGGGGAUGCAGCACCCUGCAGGCAACUGGGUCAUCUUCCAAAGGCUCCGUUGUCCUUGAUGGCCAGCACGACUUUGCCUCGGCAUGUGAGCAACCAUCGGAUUUCUGCGGUGACACGAAGGUUGGAUUAGCACAGGAGCCCACAGGUCAGUCAGGGUCACAAGAGCACUCUGAGACUUACUGCCCUGCUGAGACUGAAACGGAGGCAAAGAAGGAAAAUACUAAGCAAGCAUCCAGUGGAGUGGCUGGAGCUCCCUGCAGGCAGGAGGAGAUCGGCCUGGCCCCUCACCAAUCCAAAGGUGCUCCAGCCAGCGCUGCAGCUCAGAAUUCCUACAAGGGCUCUUCAGUCCUGGAGUCCAGAGGCAGCUGUGAUGUGGCCAAGGGAAAAAAAUCCUUACCUGUCAAGAAGAAACCCCGCACCUUCUAUAGUACAGAGCAAGUAGAAGAGCUGGAGAAGAUGUUCCAGGAAGACCACUAUCCUGACAAUGAGAAGAGGAGAGAGAUUGCAGCUGUGGUUGGUGUGACACCACAGCGUAUCCUGGUCUGGUUUCAGAAUCGCAGAGCAAAAUGGCGGAAAUUGCAGAAGUUGAGUAUAAAAGGCAACAGAAAAUAUCCAGCAUCAUCAGCUCUGUCAGUCCCCUUUGGAUCAGAGGGCUAUGGGUCACCUCCUCUGCCCGUGCCUCCAUUGCCUGAUGCUGCUGGAGACCAGCCUGGUGUGCUGGGAGGAGACCCUGGAGCUGGGAACUCCUCCAGCCUACUCAGCACACACCCUGCAUCACCCACCUCUGCCUCAGCCUCCUCGGUGGCAGGAAUGGUGGCACCCUGUGAAGCGCAAGCUCAGAGCAAGGCGCUGCCGCAGCUGCACUUCAACUCCAGCGGCGGCGCGGAGUGCUUCCCUAAUUUUCCCAGCCCUCCUCCCAUCCGCAGGGCCAGCCUGGCGCUCAGCCUGGCCUUCGACCCCCACAGCCACAUUGGUCCCCUGAUGCUGGACACACCCAGCAGUGAAUGCAGCUUGGCCAGCCAGGAAAAUGGCUUCAGGGAAGCCUUCCCUUACGGCGUCCAGAAUCAAGGCUUCAGUUCACCAGUUUCCUGCCCUUAUCCGGAGCAGCUGGAGCCUGCAGACAACCUGGAGACCACCUACUGUCAGUACAGCAGCCAGGGGGGAAUCUAUCAGCUCUCCCAGUUGUGUCACCAAGGUCACCUGGCCAGCAAUAUGUUCUCCAGGGACCACCUUCCUCCUCCAACACCCCUGGAAUCCCAUCCAGCUUUCCCUGACUUACCUGGCAACAGUGGAGCCAUAACCUAUGGAGCCACACAAGGCUAUGUACAAAACCACACGGAGGGACCAGUCAUGCCACAGCAACCAAGUGGCAAUUCAGACAUCCCUGCCUAUCCAGCUGUGCCCUGGAGUGAUUUCUGCAUGCAGGGAGCUCCUUUCUCCAAUCAGUUGCAUUCCCAAAUGCCUUUUUCUAGCAUGGCAGGAGGGCAGUACUUCACAGAGCCAUAUCUCCUUCAAGUGGCCAAUGGAACAGUACUGGAAUCCAUGCCACAGACUGGAAAACAAAAGAGAGUGACACCACCAGAGCAAAGUUCCUACCAGAGCUACCAAACAGAGCCAGAGUUGGCAGCACUCGCUGAAAAAGAGGACUUAGAGAGCAGCAGCAAGAAAGGAGAGACUACUGUUGGUAACCAGCUAAAUGUUUUCUUGGAGAAGGAGGAGGGGAAAGAGUUCUAAGACAGCAGUAGCUCCCCUGAAUGAAGGAUAGAAACUGUGGUGUGAACUGU